AUGGAGGAUUUUGACAUCAAAUUCAAUGUGAUGGUUUCCUUAUUCAAUUGGAUGCAGAAGAGCAAAUCCUCCUCGAUGAAGCGUUCCAAGUUCCGUAAAUUCCUCAAUGCUUUUUGCCGGAAACCUGGGGACUAUUUUAGCGCCAUCCGCGGGGUGGCGGGAAGAGGGGGUCGCGCUGGGGAAAGGGCAGGGGAGGGGGUUGCGCAGGGGAGGUGGCGGGAGAAGCUGGGGAAAGGGCAGGGGAUGAGCGGGGGAGGGAGAGUGGCGGGAGAAGCUGGGGAAAAGAGAGGAAACCUGGGGACUAUUUUAGCGCCAUCCGCGGGGUGGCGGGAGGAGGGGGUCGCGCUGGGGAAAGGGCACGAAUGCGGCGGGGUGGCAGGGAGGGGGGGUUAUGCCGCUAGGGGAGUCGGCGUGAUAAGACAGCUGGAGACAAGGGCAAGGGCAAAUGCGGCUGGGGGGAGGCGAGAGUGGCGGAGAAGCUGCGGGAACCAAGGCAACGGCGGGCCAUGGGCGGUGCGGGAAGGACGGAGAGUGACGCGGAGAAGCUCGACGGGAAAAGGCAGAGGAUGGCCCGGGAAGAAGCCUGGGGAAAAUGCAGGACCGGUGGCAGGUGUGGUAGAGGCGGAGUGCGCGGAGAAGCUGGGGAAAAAAGCAGGGCUGGCUAGGCGCCGGAGGUUCAUGCUAGGCAGAGGCAUAAAGCGGCAGAGGGGCUCUGCGAGGGAGGGCGGUCGCCAACGGUGGCAAGAAGGGGAAAGGGCAUAG